AUGACAGAGUUACUGCCCCUGGUUGUUUUUUUUGUGUGUUCAGAUUUGUAAAAAGAAAUAUGAUUACCCUGUAAUAGGUGGAACUGAACGCUGAAACUGAGGAAAUUUUAUUAUAAUAUGCUGAUGUUAUGUUCCAAGGCUGCCAAAGCCUGGUGAAACCCUUCAGGGAUCUAAGUUCUCGAUGGGGUUUGGGGGUAAAGGAGCCAAUCAGUGUGCCAUGACAGCAAAACUGGGGGCAAAAACAGCCAUGGUUGCCAAGGUUGGUUAUGAUACAUUUGGUGAAGGAUUUCUGAAGAAGUUUCGAGAACUUGGUGUGGACACAGGACACUGUUCGAGCACGAGUGAAGCUAUGACAGGAGCGGCUCCAAUAUGUGUUGAUGAAACGGGUCAGAAUUCAGUAGUGAUUGUACCUGGUGCAAACCUCUUACUUUCUGAGGCUGACCUUGAAGCUGCAGAAGAGGUCAUUUCAAAAUCAAAGGUCAUUAUUUGUCAAUUGGAGAUUGAUCCUAAGGUGACAUUGUCUGCACUUAAAAUGGCCAGAAAACAUAAAGUGAUGACCAUACUUAACCCUGCUCCGGCUGUCCACUUGGAGGCAGAUUUCUUGACAAACACUGACGUCUUCUGUCCAAAUGAAACAGAGACGGAGAUACUUACUGGCAUUUCAAUAAGGACAGUUGAAGAAGCAAAGGCCGCCAGUGAAGAGAUGUUGAGACGCGGGUGUAACAAUGUUAUCAUCACUUUGGGUGGAUUGGGGUGUGUCGUUGCGCAGGCUGGAUUCUCUGAAGUGGUACACGUUUCGGCACCGAGUGUAACAGUUGUGGAUAGCACUGGUGCGGGCGACGCUUUCAUCGGUUCUCUAGCCUACUUCCUGUCUGUGGCCCCAGGCCUUGGUCUGGUGGAGUCAGCCAGGCGUGCAGUGCAGAUUGCUUCCAUCAGUGUCCAGCACCCGGGAACAAUGGCCAGCUUUCCCACUCGUAGUGAACUGCCAGACACACUUCUACAGGAAACAUCAUCAUGACAACUGAACUGUGCCUUUACAGCAUAAUACCUCAGCUUUAAGGAAAAAUAUGUCUGCGUAUUUGUUAUUGGUUGUUAAAUCAUGAAAAUCAAGAAGGUCACGAUAGCCCUAGAUCACUCAGCAGUGUUUAUUAUGGUGCUAUAAAACCCGAAUGCAGCAAUGUCCCAACUUAAGACAGAGUAAGUUGAUUCCAAAAUACUAAGUGUAAUCCAAGGCAUUGCAUGGAUCUCCAAUGUGAUAUGUGGUAGAUAAAAUACAUUAUUUGUGCCAGAAAUAUUGAUGCAAUACAGAUUUAUUUAUAUGGUGUGAAUUUUGGACAGAAAUGUUUCCUUGGGAAUCCAUUUAUUACCAAAAAACUGUAUUUAUGAAAUAAUUACAUUAUAUGUACAACCAAAUAAUGCUGAAAUUUUAAGUAUUUAUUUUGCUUUUUUCUCAAUAAAUAAGAAACAGCCAUCAACAAUCACAUGAAAAUAAAAUAUAA